AUGAUGGCACCAUCAGCUGAAGGCGUAACUCCUUCGCAACCGCCACCGGGACUCCCCAUCACUGAACGGCGUCGUCUAUCCCUCUCCGAGGUUCACGUGGUCUCUGCACAAAGCUGGGCACAUUUGCGCCUCCAUCGGGAUGGUUCUGUUCUCGCCACUCAAUACACACCUGCGCCUCCUCGUAUCCAUGCUCUUUCGCGGACUCCACGAUUGAACACUAUUUCGCUGUGUCUGCGCAUGCACGUGGUGUCUCGUUGCCUUUUCGAUUCCUGUACUGUCUCGCCGAACCGGAUAACUUCUCAGGUCUCUCCGCCACUGCAAUCGAUAUCUCCGUGA